GUGGUGGGUGGAUGGAGGAAGUUAUCCAAGGGAAGGCCGACUUAGAGGAAACGUUUCUUGAGGCUUUUUACAUGUGUUCCUUCUCUUUGCUCAGCAUCUGCCUGCCUGGAUACAAAAUGAUUUGUCCACAUAGCAAUCGUGCCUCUCCCAUUUCAGCAUUUACACCGGACGUCCCUGUAAAGAGCUGCCUGCCGGCUGCCCUUCCCCAGCUGCCGGAUGCCCUCCAGGCCAGGCGGAGCGGAGAGCCGACCCUGCUGGUCAUGCCGAACCCAUCUGAUGGCUGUCCCAUGAGGUCAAGACUGGGUCUCCUCCCUUCCCCCACGUUACCAAUGCCUGGUCUCAUGGGGUUAGUUUUGAACCUAACACUAUGGCCUCAUCCACCCCCUUCCCGGCUUCUGGCUCCAGGUCUAAGAAGCCUUUGGCCAAGAUGGCUGAAUCAUUCAGAGGAAGGGGCCAAGCAGAGAGAGAAAACACAUCCAUCUCCGGAACACCAAACUUUCUGUCCCUACCAGAAGCCGGGGAGCUGAGCUGAAAUCAUUAUGGAGUACUGACAAUAUGCCAGACACUGCAUGAUCCCAGUUAAUCUUCAACAACUAAAACGAACCCAUUUUACAGAUGAGGAAGUGGAGACGUAGACUGACUUGCUUAAGACCAUGCAGAAAGCCAGCAGGUCCAUUCAGAUCUCUGUUUGACUCCAGAGUGCUGGCUCAGGCAGGCGCUGUCCAAGAAGCCCAAGGAGAUGCCUGUGUCCCAGGAAACCACCUCCAGUGAUGCUCCACCACGGUGCUCGGAUGACCCCCCAUCCCCGGACCUCAACUCCACUGCAUCGGCCGAGUCUCCCGCUGCCCUGCCACCUGCACUGGAGAGCGCCUCCUGCAGCAGCAGUGGUGGGGGCGCCUCCUGCAGCAGCAGUGGUGGGGGCGCCUCCUGCAGCAGCAGUGGUGGGGGCGCCUCCUGCAGCAGCAGUGGUGGGGGCGCGGCCAGCAGCAGCAGUGAUGGGGGCGCAGCCAGCAGCAGCAGCAGCGGCCGCUGGAGCAGGGACUACGACGUGUGCGUGUGCCACAGCGAGGAGGACCUGGCGGCUGUGCAGGAGUUGGUGGCCUACCUGGAGGACAGCCCUGCCAGCCUGCGCUGCUUCCUGCAGCUGCGGGACUCCGCCCCGGGCGGCGCCAUCGUGUCCGAGCUGUGCCGGGCGCUGGACAACAGCCACUGCCGCGUGCUGUUCAUCACGCUGGACAACAGCCACUGCCGCGUGCUGUUCAUCACUCCCGGCUUCCUGAGUGACCCGUGGUGCAGGUACCAGAUGCUGCAGGCCCUGAGCCAGGCCCCGGGGGCCGAGGGCCGCACCAUCCCCCUGCUCGUCGCCGGCCUGGCCAGGGCCGCCUACCCAGCCGAGCUCCGCUUCAUGUACUUCGUGGACGGCCGGGGACCCGACCAAGGCUUCCGCCAAGUCAAGGAGGCCAUCCUGCGCUAUCUGCAGCACCUCAGCUGACACUCUGCCAUCACCGAGGGACCCAGGACGCUGGCAACAAGCUGGAAAUCAAGUGAGAGGGCGCGCAGGGCCUGGACCCCGCGGCAUGACAGGGCCCAAGGAACCAGAGUUGGUAGCGUUUUGUAUGUGAUGCCGGGAUCAGAUUGCCCAGCGGGCUUCCAUUAUUGUGGGUUCCCCAAGAAGGCCCUAGAGAAGCUGGGGACUCCCCUGGAAGGCGCUAGGGAAGCUGGGGACUCCCCCAGGAAGGCCAUGAAGAAGCUGGGGACUCCCCAGGAAGGCCAGGGGAAAGCCAGAAAGGGUUUUUAGGAGGUGCUGAUACCAAGAUGACCACCCGUGUUUUGCCUCCUCCUUAUGGGACGUGAGUCUGGCACAUCCCUAUGUCUUCUUCCCCUGGGAUCGGGCUCUGGUGUAGAGACGCCUUCCUCCUGAACAGGUGGCUCACCUGGUGAAUCAGCUAGAAGCCUAGGGGGCAUGUUUGUUUAUUCCUGUUGCCGGGGAAACCCUGGGACAGAUGUCAGGAGGAAGGCACAGGUGUCGGGUUUCUCACCCUCACACUGCUGCCUUCUCUUCCCCUUCACUCACUUUAGAAAGCUACAUGGAACUGCACUCAGCACCGUGCUGUAUGUAUUUUACUGCGUGCAGGUCAUGAAAGACUCAACUCUAGAAACCAUUCUGAAUUAGACUAUUGAGGGCGGGGGGCGAGCGGGGGGUGGGGGUGGUAAAGAGAAGGAAAGCUAGGACCUUUGAUGUGGGAUCAAAAGCCCGCCCGCCCACGCUUUGACAUGUGGGGCCGCAUUAGGGGUCUGGCUGGAGCCCAUGCUUUGCAGUAACUUCUUCACCUCUGCACCGAGAGAAACCAGCAUUUUUCUCCUGCCGGAGGACUGUGUGCCCUUGUAGGCCAGGCAAGGUUCCUUCAUCAGUUCUCAGUAAAAGUUGAUUGUUGAACCGAAAUCAAUCUCAUUCCCCCAAUGUGUACUAUUGUGCCUCUUCCUUCACUUCCCCCUCCUUUUACUGAAAAAUAUUUAUACAUAUAUUAUAUAUAUUUGUAAUUGAGAUACAAUUGGCAUUUAACAUGUUUCAGGUGUAUGAGUCGAUAUUUGUAUAUAUUGUGAAAAUUUUUUAUAUUGUUAACUAUGAAUUAUUUUAUUACACACAAAAGGGCUAAAGCAUACUGUCGUUUACAUUCACGUACCUUCCACCCAGCUGAAGAAGUAAAACGUUACCACCCCUAGGGUAUUCCCUCUGUGCCCAAAUUUUCUUCCAAAUUAGUUGUGUCAAUUUAUGUCCUUACCACUUGUGUAUGAGUUCCCACUGUUUGAUGUUCAUGCUAACACUUAGAAUGAUCAGAUUUGAAAAUGUUUGCUAAUCUGAUGGGUGAAACCUGGUAUCCUAUUAUCAUAAUAUUCUUGUUUUCCUUUUUAUCUUUUUUAUAAAGAUUUGGUGAGUCCCCAUAUGUCCAAUGCCCAGCUUCGACAAUUACCAACCCAGAGCUAAGCUUAUAUCAACACUAGAGGCCCGGUGCACAAAAUUUGUGCACUGGGUUGGGGGGGGUUGUCCCCUCAGCCCAGCCUGCCCCCUCUCACAGACUGGGAGCCCUCAGGGGAUGUCUUACUGAUGACUUAGGCCCACUCCUUACUAUGGUUUUUAAUAACCUUGAUAACUUAUAGGUCAGUCCUUUCUACUCUGCUUUUUCAUCAAAACCACUUUGACUUAUUCCUUUCUUCUUUUAUAGAAAUUAUUUAAUUUGUCAAGUUUUAGGAAAAUGCCUGGUUUUUGUUUGUUUUGUUUCUCUACUGGGCUGACAUAGACUUGAGAGAUUCAUUUUGGAAGAACAGAUUUUUUUUAUGAUAUGUGUCCCUUUUUUGAUGCUUUAAAUGUAUUUCAAUAAAGCUCUAUAAUCAUUCUCCAUGUCA